GAGCCGCUAUAAAAGAGAGCGCUGUGGCUGUCGGUGGCAUUGACUUCAGCGGACUGAGAUUCACACACACAACGAGAAACAGACGAGAGACGAGAGACGAGUGGAAACGGAGGCACUGACAUCGAGGCAGUGAAGAGCAGACGCUGACCCCGAGCUCUUGUUUCUUUCUGGACUGGAGGUCCUCGGUGUGCCUGCACUGGGAGGUUUUUGAGGGUUCUUUUUUUCCGGCUUUGGACGACCUCCUGUUGAGACAGAGACUUCAAAGCACCAGAAAAAGCACGAAGAAAACACAGUCUCCAGCUGUGUCGGCGCUCUGCGUUUGAUUUACACCAGAAUUCAAUUCCCAUUUGGUGCUUUCUGUUUCUCCCACCAAUGGCCGCCGUGCGUCAGAUGGCGAUGGAGGCCUCCGGCUUCCACGUGCUGCCGGCCCACCUCAUGGCCUCGGCCAUGGAGGAGUUCCCCCAGCAGCUGCCCGUCCCCAAGGGCCCGGCGAGGGGCAAGAGCCGCUCCCGGCGACCUCGCGAGGCCCGCUUCAAAACGCAGCCCGUCACCUUCGCCGAGAUCGCCGAGGUGGAGGAGGAGGGCUCCUCGCCCCUGGAGGAGGAGAGGGCACGCCGGUCCUUCCUGCAGUCGCUGGAGAACCUGCGGCGGAGCACGCAGACCCUCCACUGCCUGCCGGCCGCCCGCCACGGCUGCACCCCGACGACCACGCAGGCCAGCCUGGACUCCAGUGACUCCGACUCCACCCAGUGAGGCCCCGGCACGGCCGUGUUCCCAACUGAACUGAACCAAACUGGCCCGUCUGCCAGCCUAUGUGUGUGUGUGGGUGUGUGUGUGGGUGUGUGUGUGUGUGUGAGGGGGUGGGUGUGUGUGUGUGUGAGCUGCUGCUGUCAUACGCGUAGUCUGCAUUUAAUACUAACAUAUCAACCUACAGCGUGUAGCUCAGGCUGGUUACACCGCUGUAUAGAUGAACCAGCGGCAGGUGAACACACCCUUCAGAUGAAUUCCUUUUCUACUGCACACGUCUGAGAGGAAAACUUGAAUGAUGAAAGUUGGUUUUUCAUUUUUCCAUUUUUUAAAAGAUGUAUAGGAAUGCUUGGGUUGAAAUCAGAUUUUUUUUUCUUUCUACUCGAGCAUAGACGCGACUGUUAAAUUCUCCUUGUGAUUUAGCACGCUGUAAAUAUACUGAAGCGGGAGAGAUGGACGUCGUCAAGAGAGUCAACGCUCUCGAUUCCCGGAGGAGGAAAUGUCUCGCUUCAAUUCCUGAGCAAAAAUCAAAAUGCCUUUUUCUAAAUGUCUUUUAUUUAUUCUCUUACUCUUUGUUCAUAACCAAGUGGAGUUGUCUUUUCUGACUUCUAAAGUCAACUUGACUUUAAGACAAAAUCAUAACCUUUA